GUCAUAUUGCUUUGUGUGCUUUUAACAUGUGCAAUUCCUGGCCUGCUCUGUGAUUAUUCUAUGUCUGGAGCCCUUGACAUACUGCUGACUACUUUCCCUGACCAAUGGCGACCAAAAGGAGUGCCUGAUAAAAACGAUCUCCGCUGCACAUCAGAGACAAUUACCUCUUGUCAUCGUAAACAACUUACAAUGAAAGCUGACGAGUGCUGCCAAUGUCAUGCCACACCAAUCUGGGAGGGCAGAGAGGAGCAACUACCAAUGGAAUAUGUUUCUGCUCUUGGAAAUGCUAUUGUGUUACAUGAAGAGGAUGUUAAUAUUUCAAAGGUGUACAAAAUUGAGUACCCAAAUGAAGAAUUAUCGGAAAUUCCAAUAAAUAUAUGCAAUGACGGUCACUAUAGUGACAGAACAUUAAACAAUAUUAUAACAUCUGCACACGACCUUGCCAAUAUCACGGCUUUCUGGCCAAGGAUCGUAAGAAUUGAUCUGUCUAAUAACAGACUGUUACAAAUAAGUGAUCUUAACUGCUUAACGGCCUUGGAUACUCUUGACUUAUCGUCAAACAGAAUUGAACAUCUCUCAAAUACGUCCUUUACCAAUCUAACCCAUCUCAGAGUCCUGUCACUUCAUCAUAACAGAAUACAAUCUAUGGACAUAUCUAUUAUAGCUGCAAAAUCAAUGCAUCUAUCUCAUAUAGAUCUGAGUGAAAAUGAACUGGAAAAUUUGGACAUCACAAACUUUAUAAGUGAAAAUCCAUUCUGUUCAUUAGAUUACUCUAGAAAUGAAAUUCAAGAACUAACUAAUGUGCUUAACAUAAGUCUCAACACUAGCAAACACUAUGAAAGUGGAGUUGUCUCCCUGCAAGGCAACUUGUUCCACAUUUUCCCAGAUUUUAAAGAGUUGCUCAAUCUAAACAGUAUAGAGCAACUUGGCACUGUGUUGGAUCUUGGAUUUGACUUUCGUGACACAACUAUUGGCUGUGACUGUGUUCUAGAACCAUAUAUGGAAAAGGCAAAAAACUUUGUAAAAACCUACUGGAGAGACUAUUUUGAUGUAAAAUGUGAUUCUCCACCAAGACUGAAAGGAAUGUCAGUCAUAAAUGUCACACUUGAUGAUUUUGUAUGUGACCUUAAGCCCAACAAGGGUUGUCCCCCUGGAUGCAGUUGCCUGGACAUUCCAAGCAAAGGGACACUUUUUGUAGACUGUGUUAAUAACGGUCUAACAAAAUUUCCUGAGCUACCAGUCUCAAAAUAUUCUCAUAAUAUCAAUCUUAACCUUUCUGGAAAUAAAAUUACACAUAUAGGCAAUGUUUCCUACUUGGAUAAAAUAACAAAUUUGGAUCUUUCACAAAAUCAACUGGAAGAAAUCAAUGAAAAAGCUGCCAAAGCUUUGGAAAAUGCUAACAUUGAUUUAUCUGGAAAUUCUAGGCUUGUUUCCUUACCACAAGCAAUUCAGUAUCGUAAUAUGUGUUCCAUUCACAUGAACAACCUUAUUUUAGACUGCGGCUGCGAUUCAAAAUGGAUGGAAAAUUGGAUGGAUGUAAAAAGUUGCCACAAAAGUAAUGAUUUCCUAUGCCGCGUGGAAGAACAUGGUGUAAUGCCCGCGAAGGAUUUUAGCGUUGAUAUGCUAAACUGCUUUACAAAGGAUUUAUUUCUGGUAACUGUAAGUGCUGCUGUAGCAAGUUUCAUAAUCACACUGGUCAUCUCAGCCACUCUGCUUUUCCAAUUCAGGUACGAAGUCCUUGUGAUAUUGUUAAAAUUUAGACAGAAGAAUGCUAACGCAAUACGUCCAGUUUUCAAUUAUGAUGCUUACCUCUCAUUUGACACUGAAAACGAGGAUCUUCAAAAAUGGGUAUAUAUGACAUUAAUCAGACACCUUGAAGCCAAAGGUUAUAAAAUCUUUUUACCGCCACGGGAUCUCCCUUUUGGUGAAGUCCGCACCACAGCAACAAUUAAUGUUUUACAAUCAACACGUACCUUUGUUUUAAUUCUUUCGGAGAGCUACUUAAACCAGGAGGAUCAGGUCUGGACAAAUAAUGAGUGGAAAUAUGGUUGGAAUAUGUACAAGAAAGAUCCUCAGAAAAACAUUGUUCUUAUAAACUAUGACCACGUCUCUUCAUUUGAUGUUAACCAUCCUCAAAUAAAGGCCUUCCUAAGAGUUGGCAGUCAAAUAGAGUUUGUAAAUGUACAGAGAAAUAUACUGGAGCAAAUUUCAGAGAAACUGGGCCCAAAAUCUGUGUUAAAAGGUCAUAUGAACAAUAAAACAGUUAUCACUCCAGUUAAUUUAUUUCAAGUCAAAGAUACAGCUGAAAAUUUUGAGAAUAAAAAUAAUAUAAAUUAUGGUGGGAAAAAUGAAAAGGGAGACAACUUUUCAAAUAAGAACAUCUACAAUUUAAAUAAUGGUGGGAAAGAUGACGAGGGGAACAACUUUUCGGAUACUAACAGUGACACUUGUGCAGGAAGUGAGUUUGAAAUCAGUGAGCAAAACCAUCAAGUAAGCAAAACAUUCCGUGACAGACUUUCAAUAACAUCAGAUGGGAACAUUAAGAUCAAGGAAAUGAAAAGACCAGUUCAUGGAUUACAUCACUACUGGGUGUAAAGAAAACAUUGUUUUAUGAUGUAUCUAUUAUGAUGGGUAUAAAUCAUCUCCCUUUACGGGAUCCACUGUAGUCUACUGCAUAUAAUCCCAAUAUAAUAAUAAAAGAACUGCAGCUAAAUUUGUAUGAAUUCCUAUCUUAAAUGCUUCUCCUGAUUUGUUGUAUUAGUUGUUUCUCCCUCUGGUACACUGUUUAGUAGCUCUCAUAUGUGACUGAAAACUGCUGAGUUCAUACUGAACUGCAUUCAUAUCAUUUUCAGCUAAACAAAAAAUGUUCUAAACAUAGGCAAUAUUUAUUUUACCUUGUACCUUAAUAUUCUAGGACUAUCCUUCUCAUCUGGACAAGCAGAGCUCCCCUCAAUAUAUCAGGCUUUUACCAUGUACAGCAAUAUAUUUUGUAAAACAUGGCAACCACUAAAUCCACAAAAAGUAGUUCCCAAUUAAUAUCAAUAGUUUGGCAGCAGUGUAUUUAAUUAAGCGAGAUGAAACUAGAAUUGUGUUCAAAGGACGUGGAUGCCCCCACAUACUGUGCCAUCCUCUAAAUAGCAAAGAUUUUAUUAAAAAGGGCCAUAAUUCUAGAAAAAAUAGCCACAGAAAAAGGUCAGUUAUUUAUGGUCAUCUUCACAUGAAGGUCCUUCAUCUGUGAAACUUUCGAGGAUAUCCUUUCAAUAGUGUCUGAGGAAUUGGAAACACAAAAUUUUUUCCACGUAUUAAUCAUUAUAUUCUAUAUAGCAAAACA